AAUAUCUCAAGCUUUCUUUUUGAUUUCUGGGUUUUUUGAUCUCAAGAAGACAAUAAAAAAGGAGCAACAUGUUGGAGAAGAUCGGGUUGCCGCCAAAGCCUUCGAUGCGAGGGAGUAAUUGGGUGGUUGAUGCCUCAAACUGCCAGGGUUGUUGCGCUCAGUUUACCUUCAUCAAUCGCAAGCAUCACUGUAGAAGGUGUGGGGGCAUAUUUUGCAACAGUUGUACCCAACAAAGAAUGGUUUUGCGUGGACAAGGUGAUUCCCCUGUGCGUAUAUGUGAACCUUGUAAGAAGCUAGAAGAGGCAGCACGGUUUGAGAUGCGACAGGGACGCAGAGCUGGGAGAGGUAUUUUUCAUUUUUUCGUUCUUUUUAAAUCAUGGCUUUCAACGGCACCUAGAGAUGAAGAUGAAGUUUUGAACCAGAUCCUUGGUCAAAAUAGAGAGGAACUCUUUUCAUCGGGAAAGCAGUCAACCAGUGACAAAGUUCCUAGCAGCCAAGGAUCAGUUAGCAUUGCAUCUUCUUCAAGCACUCAGGGAUUCUCCAAUUAUGAUGAUAGAGACAUACAAAAAAUUGUCUCAAAUGAUAAGCCUAAUAUUUUGGGUAUUGAUAUGGGAGUCACCACUCCUGAUGAGUUACGUCAGCAAGCUUUGGAGGAAAAAAAGAAAUAUAAAAUUCUGAAAGGAGAUGGGAAAUCUGAGGAGGCCUUGAGAGCUUUUAAGAGAGGGAAGGAGCUUGAGAGGCAGGCUGAUGCUUUGGAAAUUCAUUUAAGGAAGACUCGUAAGAAGGUGUUGCCUUCUGGAAACUUGUCUGAUAUGCAUAACAGAGUUGGUCCUGUUGAGUCUAGCAGAAAAACAAAGUCACUUCCUCAUACGGGUAAAGAAAAGGAUGAUCUUACUUCUGAACUUAUAGAGCUGGGAUGGUCUGAUCAUGAUCUGCAUAAUGAAGAUAGAAAGUCAGCAAACUUGAGUUUGGAGGGUGAACUCUCUUCAAUGAUUGGAGAAAUCUUUGUAAAGACAGGUGAAGAAAAGAGCAGCAGAAUUGACAAGUCCCAGGUUGUUGCUCUGAAAAAAAGGGCUCUAAUGUUGAAGCGUGAGGGUAAGCUUGCAGAAGCCAAAGAGGAAUUAAAAAGAGCUAAAACUUUAGAAAAGCAACUGGAAGAAGAGGAACUUCUUGCUGAAGCUGAAGGUUCUGAUGAUGAGCUAUCAGCAUUAAUUCGUGGCAUGGAUGAUGAUAAAGAAUUUUCAGAUCUUCAUGAUCAUAAGCAUGCUUUUGAUUUUGAUAACCUUUUGAGCAUUUCUGAUGAUCUUGGUGGUAAUUUUGAAGUGACUGAUGAGGAUAUGAUGGACCCUGAAUUAGCUGUUGCUUUGGAAUCCUUAGGUUGGACUGAACCUGAAAAUACAUUUUCCAAGUCUCAAACCUCUGACAGAGAAGCAUUGCGUAGUGAAAUUCAGUCUUUAAAAAGAGAGGCUCUUAAUCAAAAGCGAGCAGGUAAUACUGAAGAAGCAAUGGCAUUCUUGAAAAAGGCAAAGUUAUUAGAAAGGGGCUCUAACAGCGCUGUAUCUGAAGUUGCUGUUAAUGGAUCAGAAUCCAUUCAAUUGGAUGAGAGAAAUACUAUUGCCACUGACAAUGCUGCUUCGAGAGUUGCACCAAAAAGCCGAUUGAUGAUACAGAGAGAGCUUUUGAGUUUGAAAAAGAAGGCUCUCACAUUAAGAAGGGAAGGGAAAAUUGAUGAAGCAGAAGAAGAAAUGCGGAAGGGUGCAGCUCUUGAGCAUCAGCUCAUGGAGAUGGAUAAGGCUUCGAAUCUUAAAGCAUCGCAGAAGAAUAGUGCUGAUAAUGUCCCAUAUACAGCACACAAGCAUGCUGAUAUUAAUAGAAAUCUGCCACUUGAGGAAGGGACUGAAGUUGAUGUAACAAAUCAAGAUAUGUCUGAUCCAACAUAUCUUUCACUCCUUAGGGACUGGGGUUGGAAUGAUGACAAAAAUGAACUUCCUAAUUCUUCGAACAAGCCUUCGAAGAAAGAUGAUAAUGAUUUUGAUCCAUUGAAUGAUACUUCACCAAGUAAGCAUUCUACAAAUAUUUUGGUUGAAGCACCAAGAAGAAGUAAAGUUGAAAUUCAGAGGGAGCUCUUGGGAUUAAAGAGAAAGGCCCUUGCUCUCAGGCGCGAAGGGAAAGCUGAGGAUGCAGAGGAAGUUAUUAAAGUGGCCAAAGCAUUAGAAGUCAAGAUGGCAGAGAUUGAAGCUCCAAAGAAUGAAUCACGGGUUGAGGCAACUAUGAUGAAAGAUAAACUCUUCAAUCCUCCAGUUGAAACUGCAGUUGAUGAAGGGGAUGUGGUUGUUUCAGAAGAAGAUAUGCUUGACCCGGCAUUGAAUUCAAUGCUUACUAAUCUUGGGUGGAAGGAUGAUGAAUUUGAACCUGUAUCCAUGAAAGAAGAGCCAGUUAAGGAAGCAACUAGUAGGUUUACUCGUCCUGUGGACCUGUCUGUACUUGAUUCCUCCUCAGGCAUUCCUGCUACAGCUUCAAGGAAUAAGGGAGAGAUUCAAAGAGAACUCUUGGCAUUGAAAAGGAAGGCACUUGCUUUUAGGCGCAAGGGAGAAAUAGAAGAGGCUGAGGAAAUUUUAAGAAUGGCCAAGAGUUUGGAAGCCCAAAUGGAAAAUUUUGGGGGCCAGAACAAGGACUUGUUACAUAAUGUUUCGAAGGAUGAAAAACCUGUUCUGUCUGAAUCAUCUGACUUCCAGGACAGACAUGGAAAUAGGGGAGUUGCUGUUGAAGUGGAUAAUGCUUCAGCCUCAUCCGUGGUUGGGUCAAGUAAGAAUGAUACUGAAUUAUCAAUUGGUUUAGAAAGAAUCAACAAUGAAACAAAUGUUCCUUUCUUUAGGAAGUCAGAUAAUUUAAUUCCUGUAACCUCUCAGUUCGCUGAAGAUAAGCAUCCAUUAUCUGCUGAGGCGAGUGCUUCAAGUGAAAAUCUUGCAAAAAAGAUGAAAUUAGGAAAAACCAUUGACCAUAGCUCUUCAGCUGGCCACUCUAUGCAUACGCUAGAUUUACUUACUGGUGAUGGUUGUAGCAGUUCAGAAAUAUUGCCUCAAAAACAAAAAGAAGAAUACAAACUUGGUUCAGCUAAUUCAUCUCAAACAGGUCCUGCUAUUCGUUUGGACUCCUCAGAGAAUCUCAGCCAAGACCAGGGAUACAAAAAUAAUGUUACAACUCAAAAAAGAAGAGACAUGACUGAUGCAAAUGAAAAGCCAAACAUAAGCGAGUCAAAUGCUGUUCAGGAUGAUGCUUCUCAGCACCACCUUUCCUUGCGUCAAGAAGUUUUGGCUCAUAAAAGGAAAGCAGUUGCUUUGAAAAGAGAAGGGAAACUAACAGAAGCUAGGGAGGAACUCCGACAGGCGAAGCUAUUGGAGAAGAGCUUGGAGGAUGGAAGUAUGCAGCAAAACACUGCCUCUACCAACAAUGUUUCCAAUGCAUCAAAUGUUGUACAAAAGAAACAGGAAUUAUCAAAUGUUGUACAAAAGAAACAAGAAUCAUCAAAUGUUAAUGCAAAACCAUUGACCAGUCGUGAUCGUUUCAAGUUGCAACAAGAGUCUCUUGGGCACAAACGUCGAGCCUUAAAGCUUCGGCGGGAAGGUCAAAUAGAGGAAGCAGAAGCUGAGUUUGAACGGGCAAAGGCAAUUGAAACCCAGUUGGAGGAGUUUGCAACUCAUGAUGCCAAUAAGUCAGAUGCAGUAGAUGAUGUGUCUGUUGAAGAUUUUCUUGAUCCUCAACUCUUAUCUGCUCUGAAAGCAGUUGGACUUCAAGAUAUAAGUGUUGUAUCAAGUGGCCCUGAAAGACGAGAGGUUGUGAUACCCAAUGCUAAAGUUGAAAACUCUAACCAAGAGAGAGUUCAGCUAGAAGAAAGAAUCAAAGAAGAAAAAAUAAAGGCGGUUAAUUUGAAACGUUCAGGAAAACAAGCUGAAGCAUUAGAUGCUCUUCGACGUGCCAAAAUGUAUGAAAAGAAGCUGAAUUCAUUAACAUCUGGGUGAUGGUGAGGUAAAUACUGCAACUUCAGUAUGGGAAGUCCUUGCUUGUUCAACCUGGUAGUUUUCUUAACUUGGUUUAAUUUCUGAAUUUUUGUUGAAGGUGUACUAUAAUGUGCCCAAGAAGUUGCUCUCUUCAUUACAUGCACGUUUGCGUUAUUCUGCUAGUAAAUAUUGGAGAAUAUAUACAUGAUUAUUCAUAAAGUUACAAUUCUCAGAUG